AUGCUAGUUGAGCCUCUUGACUCUAAAGAUGGGAUCAGUGGACACAUCACAGAAGAGUGUCUGCUGGGAAACAGCACCGUGAGCCUCCCAGAGGAUCUACUGGAAGAUCCUGACAUUUUCUUCUCUGUGCUGAGCGAAAGCACUUGGACUGAGGUUUUGACAGAGGCUCAGAAGCAGCACCUUCGCCAGUUCUUGCCUCAGUUUCCAGACAAGAAUGCUUCAGAACAAGACCGUAUUAUUAGUGAUUUAUUUAAUGACAGAAACUUUCACUUCGGAAAUCCCCUUCAUCUUGCACAAAAGCUUUUCAGAGAUGGCUAUUUCAACCCUGAAGUGGUUAAGUACAGACAACUGUGCGCCAGAUCUCAGAAAAAGCGACAGUUAUAUUCUCUUCAGCAGUAUUACCACAAACUCCUUAAACAGAUCCUCGUCUCAAGAAAGGAUCUUCUGGACUAUGCUGUGCACAACGGUCAAGACUACCCCCCCAGGAGAAAGGCUUUGAGUAAAAGUCAUGCUGAAAUGCGGGAGCCGAGGGUUAGAAGAAGAUUCAACCGCAUAUUGAAAGAGGUUAAAACAGAGUGUGGGGACAGCAAUGCAUCAUCCUCUGACGAUGAAUUGUCAAUAUGGACAUCAGGUCCGGAGUCGCCCUCGUCUCCUGGACCGAGUGUAUCUUUGAGGGUCCUACCGAGCCUCUCUACCCAAGACAUGAAGACAACGGGGAAGUUAGAAUUGGGAGAGAAGGACCUUAAAAGAAUGUUGCACAGUCAUCGUGAGAAGAGGAAACGACAGCCAGACCAUCCAGACCUUGUGACCUCUGAUGUUCAACUCGUAGAUGUCCUAUCAAGAGCAAAUAUUGGAAGGAAAGGACCAAUUUCAUUAUUAGAGCUAUCUUUACCCAAAAAGAAAAUCAAAGAGGAAAGACGAAAGAAGAAGAUGAGAACAAUCAAAGUGGAGUGUGAAGAUCCUUGUGAAACUCUUGGUCCAGACUCAACUUCUGCCCCUCCUGCAAAUGUGAUCAACUCUCUUCCAAAUACCCCCACUUCUCCAAUCGCCAACAUCAAAGAAGAAAUUAUGGACGAGUGUCAGACCAGCCCUGUGGUCGUUGAAGAAAUCGCCAUAAGUUUCUUUAGUUUGUUGGAGAGCAUUUUGAGAGCAGAGGCCCUCACAACGUCCGGUAUUGAAGAGAAAAUUCAGCUGUGGCAGUCCUCUCCAGCCAGCUCUCUGAACGCUUGGUUUUCUUCUGCCUCUUGUUGGUCCGACCUGAUUCUUCAAGCUCUUCAGUUUCUUGCUGGAGAGACUAAAGAUGGUCGCAUGGCACUGCCCAGUGGUUUCUUGCCAUUUGUGGAGUUUUUGGAUGAAACGCAACAGUGGAGAUGGAUUGGUCCAACUCAGGAAACAGAGAAAGACUUGAGUGCAUUAUGCCAAUUGUGGCUGGACUCUAAAGAUUUGGUCAUAAAGACAGAAAAUGAAGAAAUAUUGGAAAUGGCAUCGCCUACUCCACGAGUAUCGACUGAUUAUGUGGUUCGACCAAGUACUGGAGACGAAAAACAGCUGUUUCAAAUACAGGAACAGCAACGAUACAACCAGCCUCAUAAAGCUUUCACCUUCCGGAUGCAUGGAUUUGAGUCCGUGGUGGGACCAGUCAAAGGAGUGUUUGAUAAAGAGAUGUCCCUUAACAAAGCCAGAGAGCACACAUUGCUACGAUCAGACAGACCACCAUAUGUGACAAUACUAUCCCUGGUGAGGGAUGCUGCCGCUAGAUUACCCAAUGGAGAGGGGACCAGGGCAGAAAUUUGUGAGCUGCUGAAAGAUUCCCAGUUUCUUUCUCCAGAAGUCACAAGUGCCCAAGUGAAUACAGUUGUGAGUGGAGCUCUGGACAGACUUCACUAUGAAAAAGACCCUUGUGUGAAAUAUGAUAUUGGUCGCAAACUGUGGAUUUAUCUACAUCGCAGUCGUAGCCAGGAGGAGUUUGAACGAAUUCAUCAGGCACAAGCUGCAGCAGCCAAAGCAAGAAAAGCUUUGCAGUCAAAGCCCAAACCCAUUCCAAAGGCUAAGGCUGGUGGUAAAGAGGGAGUCAACAAGCCUGGAUGUUUAGAAGGAGACACCGUUAUUACUCCAAUGUCACCAAUUCCUACAACCACUCCCGGAACCCCUAAGUCACCACUGCCCUCCACAGUCACAACACCAACUAAAUCUUUAGUCCCUGAUACUAAUAAACCUAGCCCAGGCAUGCUUCUUGUCUCUCCACCACCUUUGCCUCAGCUGGGAACCAUCUUGCCCCCCAAUCAGGCGUCCCCACCAACCCCACAACCGGUUUCGUCUCAGCAUGCGGCGCGUUUGGUGAGCCAACUGGCAGCUGGUACUCUCCCUCAGGUCCGCGUGGUUUCUGCUCAGUCUGGUCUCACUGCCGCUCCUGGAGUUCAUCAGACCAAUUUAAUACACCAGCCCACCCACCAGAUCAGGAUGCCUGUUUCUGUGGCCGCCAAGGCCAUCUCACAGGCUGUGAUGUCCGUGCCAUUGAGGAGCCAGUCCAGUCAUAGUCCUGUGCAGGUGCCCAGCACUUUAUCUCUGUCUACUGUAACUGUCACUAAACCACAGACAGGCCGGGGUAGUCCUUUAAAUGCUCCUUCUUCACCUGCUGUGCUUCAGGGAGUGAGCAGCCCAAACAUUAAACAGGUGUCCAUCACUGGUCAGCUUGGUGUGAAGACGGCAGGUGGAGCCGGUAUCCCUAUAACGGCUACAAAUUUGCGCAUCCAAGGUAAAGACGUGCUCCGCCUGCCUCCGUCAUCCAUCACCACAGACGCUAAAGGCCAAACUGUCCUGAGGAUCACACCGGAUAUGAUGGCCACUCUGACCAAGUCUCCAGUGGCCACAGUCAAACUCACACCAGAGUUUUUGGGACAAGCUGCUGCUGCAGCCUCUGCAUCAAUCUCUGGAGAGGUACUCACAAGUAAAGGUAGUCCUGGUACUGCGUUGUUAAAUGCUACCGCGGAUACGGCUAUACGUCUGAUGCCAACUUUAGCGGUCACUGUGGGUGAUCAGAAAACGAGAACAAGGACAUUUACCACAGUCUCCUCGCCUGACAAGAGCAGUGCCACUAUUCGCAUUAUGCCAGGCCUCGGAGUGAUUCCACCCAAAACAUCUCAAACUUUCACUAUGGCGCCCUCUGCUGGCAGUAAACUUUCAGCUGCAUCUACAUGUGCUUCUGUUGUCACAAUGGCUGCAAAUGUGAUGGCUGGUCCUAAAGGACUCACUGUGGCCUCUGGAUCACCAAUUACUUUAGGAACAGCAACUGCAACUGUGAGGCAGGUCCCUGCUACAGUGGUCUCUACACAAACGGGAAAGUUACCAGCCCGGAUCACCGUGCCCCUGUCUGUCCUCAAUCAACCUCUAAAGAGUAAAAGCAUGGUGACAACACCUAUCGUGAAAGGAAACCUCAACACAAAUAUCAGCAGUUUGGGAAGAAACAUCAUCCUGACCACGAUGCCGGCUGGUACUAAACUGAUUGCAGGGAACAAGCCGGUCAGCUUUGUCACUGCUCAACAGUUUCAGCAGCUCCAGCAGCAAGGCCAGGCCACGCAGGUUCGAAUCCAGACUGUCCCAGCUCAGCACAUGUCCUCUGCAGGAUCCCCUAAGGCUGUCUCCACUGUUGUCGUCACUACGCCUUCACCCAGCCGCCCCCCGGAUCCUCCUUCCGCCCCACCACAAUGA